AUGCCCGAUCAGGGUGCUCCCAUUGCGGAGCAGCCUCAGACAUCUCAUGACAUGCUGCUCGGACCGGACUUCAUAAAGCGCUGUUUCCCUGGCUACUUUCUGUGUACCACCGGACGCGAUUGGAAUCAUCGUGACUUUUUAUCUGGACCAGAGAGCCCGGAUGCGCUGCGCAUUGAGUCGACAGUUCCGAGACGCUGCAUGUUCCCCUCAUUCCCCAUCGUCUACCUGGCCAAGCCCAUGGUAUGA